AAAAAAAUGCCAACUGUCAAACUUGGAGUGACACUGUGCCUACUUGUUCUUCUUCAACUACUAUUCAUCACAACAACAAAGGCAGACAUACCAGUACACUGCGUUCAUGAUGACAUUGCCAACAAUGAGUGGAAAUUAUUCAUCACACCAUCCAUCUACUCCGUUCCAAAUAGAAAUUCUAAAAUUGCCUUCAGAAAACAAUUUGUUCCAUUAAAUUGUACAAGAUUUGACAAGGAAGAUUUGACAAUUUCUAGGGUAUUACGUGUCUAUCUUGAAUAUCCAAAUAUUGUCCGUGAUAGUUUGGAUAAUUCUAGAAUUGGAACUUGGACUAUGGUUUAUGAUCAGGGAUUUGAAAUUACUUUAAAGGAUGAUUUUAGUGAGAUUAGUUUAUUUGCAUUCAGUUCAUUUGAAAGAAUGAAGAAUGAUACUCAACUUAUCAAGUCAAAGUGUCAUGAAACUUUUGUAGGAAAUUAUCGUAAAACUUCGAGAGAUGGAAAGAAUUCACUUGGAUGUUAUUAUGCUGAAAAGACUAAACCAUCUGCAAAUGAUGUUAAAAUUUCAUUACCUGUCAAUACUCUAUUGUACAAGUAUUUUGAUCCAAAGAAUAAUGGAAAAGGAUUAAACGUUAAUAAGAAGGAUUCAGAUGAUGAUUUUGAAAGUGAAUCUGAUUUGGAUUUGAGAAUUUUGAGAACUAUCAAACCAUCAAAUACCAAAUUCAAGAACGACAAGACCUUAAUUGAUUGGAUUAAUACUCAAUCUGAUGAUUUGGGUUGGUCUGCUCAAGCUUAUCCACAAUUUGAAGAAAUGACAGAAGCUGAUCUUAUCAAUCUCUCAGGUGGAUGGAAAUCACUCUUCUUGGGCCAUUGGAACAAAUGGAGACCAAUUGGUUUGGAUGAUGCAGAAUCAUUUGAGAGCACUUCUGAUAACUUUGCCAUUGCCAAUCAAGAAUUAUUGAACCAAGUUGAAAAAUUACCAAAGAACUUUGACUGGAGUAAUGUUGAUGGAGAAAAUUACGUUCCAGAUGUAAAAAAUCAGAUGGCGUGCGGAUCUUGCUACGCUUUUGCUGCAGUCACAGCUAUUGAAUCUCGUAUUAGAAUUCAAAGCAGAAAUAAUGUCAGAGAACCACUUGCAGUUCAAGAUAUUGUCUCCUGUAGUCCAUACGCUCAAAAGUGUCAUGGUGGUAUUCCAUAUGCUGUAGGUCGUCAUUUACGUGAUUUUAAUCUCGUUCCAGAAUCAUGCUUCCCUUACAAGGGUUCAGAAAAUGUUGCCUGUUCAUCCAAGUGUAAGAAUCCAGAAUAUAUUGUCAAGGUCACAAAGUAUAGAUAUGUCUCUGAUUAUUAUGGAGGUUCAAAUUAUGCCAACAUGAUGAAGGAAAUUUAUGAACAUGGUCCAAUUUCUGCCAGUUAUUUGAUUUAUCCAGACUUUAAGUACUACUCGAAAGGUAUUUACAAGCAUUCUGGUAAGGGUUAUCCAAUGAAAACAGAUAGAAUCAAUCGUGAAAUGAAUGGAUGGGAACCAACUACUCACUCAGUUGUUAUUACUGGUUGGGGAGAAGAUCCAAAAACUGGUGAAAAGUAUUGGAAUGUUUUGAACUCUUGGUCUGAAAGCUGGGGUGAGAAUGGUAGAUUCCGUAUCAAACGUGGAAAUGAUGAAUGUGCUAUUGAAGCUGAAGGAGUUGCCUUCUAUCCAGAAGUAAUCUUUAUGAAUAAAUAUUAACAACUCUGGAGAGAUUUACUUCU